GGGAAGGAUAGGAAGGGGGUGAGACAGGCAAUGGGGAGGCAGCCAUGCUGUGAUAAGGUGGGGUUGAAGAAGGGGCCAUGGACAGCAGAGGAGGACGAGAAGCUGAUCACCUUCAUCCUCACCAAUGGCCAGUGCUGCUGGAGAGCUGUGCCUAAGCUUGCAGGACUUCUGAGGUGUGGAAAGAGUUGCAGGCUACGAUGGACAAACUACCUGAGGCCUGACCUGAAGAGAGGAUUGCUGUCAGAUGAUGAGGAGCAGAUGGUCAUUGAGCUCCAUUCUCAGCUUGGAAACAGAUGGUCCAAGAUCGCAUCUCAUCUCCCUGGUAGAACUGACAACGAGAUCAAGAACCACUGGAACACCCACAUCAAGAAGAAGCUGAGGAAGAUGGGAAUCGAUCCCGUGACACACAAGCCCCUACGUGAGGAGCCCUGCUUACACUCCUCUCCCCAGGUACCGGCGGAGCAAGUGGAAGGGAAGAACACAACAAGCAUCUCUGCCACAUGCUCCGUUUCACCAUCGUCAUCGUGCUUUUCUGAGAAAGCUGAGGAGAUCCAGCUUCCACGCAUGGAGUGGCCAGAAUCUGCAUACCUAUAUGGGUUGGACGACUUGGGUGGAUGGGAUUUCACCUCUGAUCACCUUCUCCUUGAUUCUUUCAGCCAGUGUCAAAGAGCAGCCUUAGAUCAGGAAUCCUGGAAAUUUGAGCUCUUCUAAUCUCAUACAUCUUGCUUCUGUAAUUUUUGCUUGCAGAUAAAAUAAAGAGGAAGCAGAAUGAAUAAGAAAGCAAAAUUCAUAUCUUGAUUCUGUAAUCUGUGCUUUAAGGUUGGGGUCAAUUUUUCCUGAUCGAUUAGAAUAAAAUCAUCACAUCAACAUGAAA